CUGAGCGGCGCGGGCCGGACGCGGCUAAGCCCGGGCGGACGACGCGCGGCGGCGGCGGCGAGGCGGCCUGAGGGCUCUGGCCCGCCGCAGAAGAGCUCAGUCGUGACCAUGUCGGCGGGCGGCCGCGACGAGGAGCGGCGGAAGCUGGCCGACAUCAUCCACCAUUGGAACGCCAACCGGCUGGACCUGUUCGAGAUCAGCCAGCCGACCGAGGAUCUGGAGUUCCAUGGAGUGAUGAGAUUUUAUUUUCAAGAUAAAGCUGCUGGAAACUUUGCGACAAAAUGUAUUCGGGUCUCUAGUACAGCAACCACUCAGGAUGUGAUUGAAACUCUGGCAGAGAAAUUCCGCCCUGAUAUGCGCAUGCUGUCUUCUCCCAAGUAUUCACUCUAUGAAGUGCAUGUCAGUGGAGAAGAAAGAAGAUUGGACAUUGAUGAGAAACCUCUAGUUGUACAGUUGAAUUGGAACAAAGAUGAUCGGGAGGGCAGAUUUGUCCUUAAGAAUGAGAAUGAUGCCGUUCCUGCCAAGAAGACUCAAAGUAAUGGACCUGAAAAGCAGGAAAAAGAAGGUGUUAUCCAGAACUUCAAGAGAACUCUAUCAAAGAAAGAAAAGAAGGAGAAAAAGAAGAGAGAAAAAGAGGCCUUGAGACAGGCAUCUGAGAAAGAGGACAGACCUUCCCAAGGGGAUGAGAGUGAGAAUUCCCGACUGGCUGCUGAGGUUUAUAAAGACAUGCCUGAAACCAGCUUUACUCGAACAAUUUCUAAUCCUGAGGUGGUUAUGAAACGACGGAGGCAACAAAAAUUGGAAAAGAGAAUGCAAGAGUUCCGGAGCUCAGAUGGGCGGCCUGAUUCAGGUGGAACAUUGAGAAUUUAUGCAGAUAGUUUAAAACCAAAUAUUCCAUACAAGACAAUCCUGCUGUCUACUACGGACUCAGCAGACUUUGCUGUGGCCGAAGCUUUAGAGAAGUAUGGUCUGGAAAAAGAAAAUCCUAAGGACUACUGCAUUGCUCGGGUUAUGCUUCCUCCUGGAGCCCAGCAUUCUGAUGAAAGAGGUGCUAAAGAAAUUAUUCUAGAUGAUGAUGAGUGUCCUUUACAAAUCUUUAGGGAUUGGCCAAGUGAUAAAGGGAUUUUAGUCUUUCAGUUGAAGAGGAGGCCACCAGACUACAUCCCAAAGAAAACAAAGAAACACAUUGAAGGAAAGACACUGAAGGGGAAGGAGAGAGCUGAUGGAUCUGGCUAUGGCUCUGCUCUCCCCCCUGAGAAGCUGCCCUAUUUAGUAGAAUUAAGCCCAGGGAGAAGGAGUCACUUUGCCUACUACAGUUAUCACACUUACGAAGAUGGCUCUGACUCGAGAGACAAGCCAAAGCUUUACCGCCUUCAGUUGAGUGUGACUGAAGUUGGGACAGAAAAGUUUGAUGACAACUCUAUCCAGUUGUUUGGCCCAGGAAUUCAGCCCCAUCACUGUGAUCUCACUAACAUGGAUGGAGUGGUCACUGUGACCCCAAGAAGUAUGGAUGCAGAGACCUAUGUCGAUGGCCAGCGCAUCUCGGAAACCACCAUGCUGCAGAGUGGCAUGAAAGUGCAGUUCGGGGCAUCACAUGUGUUCAAGUUUGUGGACCCCAGCCAGGACCACAGUCUUGCAAAGAGAUCUGUGGAAGGAGGCCUGAUGGUCAAGGGCCCAAGACACAAACCUGGAACUGUUCAAGAGACAACCUUUGACUUGGGAGGAGAUGUUCACAGUGGAGCAGCGUUGCCAACAAGCAGGAGUACCACUAGACUGGACAGUGACAGGGUGUCAUCUGCCUCCAGCACGGCUGAGCGAGGAAUGGUGAAGCCAAUGAUCCGUGUGGAUCAGCAGCAGGACUAUCGAAGAACUCAGGAUGCUGCUGGGCCUGAGCUGAUACUGCCUGCAAGCAUUGAAUUCAGGGAAAGUUCUGAAGAUUCAUUUUUAUCUGCCAUUAUCAAUUACACAAAUAGCUCUACAGUUCAUUUUAAGUUAUCCCCUACGUAUGUGUUAUACAUGGCAUGUCGGUAUGUAUUGUCCAGCCAGCACAGACCUGACCUCAGUCCUACGGAGCGCACACACAAGGUCAUUGCUGUCGUCAACAAGAUGGUGAGCAUGAUGGAAGGAGUCAUUCAGGAAGUAGACCAGGUUGAUCAGAAACAAAAGAAUAUUGCAGGGGCGCUGGCCUUCUGGAUGGCAAAUGCAUCUGAACUUCUCAACUUCAUCAAGCAGGACCGAGACCUCAGUCGGAUCACAUUAGAUGCCCAAGAUGUCUUAGCUCACUUGGUUCAGAUGGCAUUUAAAUACUUGGUUCAUUGCCUUCAAUCAGAGCUUAAUAAUUACAUGCCAGCCUUUCUGGAUGACCCUGAAGAGAACAGUCUACAGAGACCAAAAAUAGAUGAUGUGCUGCACACACUCACGGGAGCCAUGUCUUUGCUGCGGCGCUGCAGAGUCAAUGCUGCUCUGACCAUCCAGCUUUUCUCACAGCUGUUCCACUUUAUCAAUAUGUGGCUGUUCAACAGAUUGGUGACUGACCCAGAUUCGGGGCUGUGUUCCCACUAUUGGGGAGCAAUUAUCCGCCAGCAGUUGGGACAUAUUGAAGCUUGGGCAGAGAAGCAGGGGCUAGAGCUGGCAGCUGAUUGUCACUUGAGCAGAAUUGUACAGGCAACCACUUUGCUUACCAUGGAUAAGUAUGCACCUGAAGACAUUCCAAAUAUAAACAGCACCUGCUUUAAAUUAAACUCACUGCAACUUCAAGCCUUAUUGCAAAAUUAUCACUGUGCACCCGAUGAGCCUUUUAUCCCAACAGAUCUUAUAGAAAAUGUGGUGGCUGUUGCUGAAAACACAGCUGAUGAGCUAGCCCGCAGUGAUGGGAGGGAUGUACAGCUGGAGGAAGAUCCUGACCUGCAGCUGCCUUUUCUUUUGCCAGAAGAUGGCUAUUCCUGUGAUGUUGUCAGAAACAUUCCAAAUGGUUUACAAGAGUUUUUAGACCCUCUGUGCCAGAGAGGAUUUUGCAGAUUAAUUGCUCACACACGUUCACCAGGUACUUGGACAAUAUAUUUUGAAGGUGCAGAUUACGAAAGUCACCUUAUGCGUGAGAACACAGAACUGGACCAGCCUCUGAGGAAAGAACCUGAAAUCAUCACUGUGACCCUAAAAAAGCAGAAUGGAAUGGGCCUCAGCAUCGUUGCAGCAAAGGGUGCUGGUCAGGAUAAACUGGGAAUCUAUGUCAAGUCUGUCGUGAAGGGAGGUGCUGCAGAUGUGGAUGGACGAUUAGCUGCUGGUGAUCAGCUUCUCAGUGUGGAUGGACGAAGUCUGGUUGGACUCUCUCAGGAAAGGGCAGCAGAACUCAUGACAAGAACGAGUUCUGUGGUCACCCUUGAAGUAGCAAAGCAAGGUGCCAUCUAUCACGGCCUGGCCACCCUCCUCAACCAGCCAUCUCCUAUGAUGCAGAGAGUUUCAGAUCGUCGUGGCUCAGGUAAACCCCGACCAAAGAGUGAAGGUUUUGAACUAUAUAAUAAUUCAGCUCAAAAUGGCUCACCAGAGAGUCCUCAGCUGCCUUGGGCAGAGUAUAGUGAACCAAAGAAAUUGCCUGGUGAUGACAGACUGAUGAAGAACCGGGCCGACCACCGCUCCAGCCCCAAUGUGGCAAAUCAGCCUCCUAGUCCUGGAGGGAAAAGCACAUAUACCUCUGGAACAACAGCGAAGAUAACAUCUGUCUCCACUGGAAAUCUCUGCACUGAGGAGCAGACCCCUCCACCCAGACCUGAAGCCUACCCCAUCCCCACUCAGACAUACACCAGAGAGUAUUUUACCUUCCCAGCUUCCAAAUCCCAGGAUCGGAUGGCUCCUCCCCAGAACCAGUGGCCAAAUUAUGAGGAGAAGCCACAUAUGCACACAGAUAGUAAUCAUUCCAGUAUUGCAAUUCAGCGUGUAACCCGUUCCCAAGAAGAGCUCCGGGAAGACAAAGCUUACCAACUUGACCGGCAUCAAGUGGAGGCAGUCAUGGAUCGGAAGUCUGAUAGUGAUAUGUGGAUAAAUCAGAGUUCCUCAGUAGAAUCUAGCACCUCUAGCCAAGAGCACCUGAACCAUUCCUCCAAGUCGGUCACCCCUGCUUCUACACUUACCAAAAGUGGACCUGGCCGCUGGAAAACCCCCGCUGUGGUGCCACCCACACCAGUGGCCAUCUCCCAGCCUAUUCGAACAGACCUGCCUCCACCACCACCUCCACCUCCUGUCCACUAUGCCAAUGAUUUUGAUGGGAUUCCCAUGGAUUUGCCUCUCCCACCCCCACCUACCAACCAGGUGGGACCCCAGUCUGCUCAGGUGGCUGCUGCAGAACGGAAGAAGAGAGAGGAACAUCAGCGGUGGUAUGAGAAGGAGAAGGCCCGUCUAGAGGAGGAGCGGGAGAGGAAGCGCAGGGAGCAGGAGAGGAAGCUGGGGCAGAUGCGCACUCAGUCCCUGAACCCAGCUCCCUUCUCUCCCCUGGCCUCACAGCAAGUGAAGCCCGAAAAGCCGUCUACACUCCAGAGGCCCCAGGAAACGGUUAUUCGGGAGCUACAGCCCCAGCAGCAGCCUCGCACUAUUGAGCGCAGAGAUUUGCAGUACAUCACAAUUAGCAAAGAGGAGCUCUCCUCUGGUGACAGCCUAUCUCCAGACCCCUGGAAGCGAGAUGCCAGGGAAAAGCUGGAGAAGCAGCAGCAGAUGCACAUUGUAGACAUGCUGAGCAAGGAGAUCCAUGAGCUGCAAAGCAAGGCCGACCGCACCGCAGAGGAGAACGAUCGCCUGCGGAAGCUCAUGCUGGAGUGGCAGUUCCAGAAGAGACUCCAGGAGUCCAAGCAAAAGGAUGAUGAUGAGGAGGAAGAGGAGGAUGAUGAUGUGGAUACCAUGCUAAUCAUGCAGCGUCUCGAGGCUGAGCGAAGAGCCAGGGUAAAGGGGAAAAAUGACUUGGUUCAGACUGCUAUGCCAGCAAUCUCUGUUCUAGAUUUGUUGCAGGAUGAGGAACGCAGGCGCCAGCAGCAGUUGGAAGAAAUGCGAAAGCGGGAAGCGGAAGAUCGAGCAAGACAAGAGGAUGAGCGUCGGCGUCAGGAGGACGAGAGAGUGAAGCGAGAUGCUGAAGAAAAGAGGCGACAGGAAGAAGAGUAUUACAGCCGCCUGGAAGCUGAGAGGCGCAGACAACAUGACGAGGCUGCACGCAGGUUGCUGGAACCUGAGGAGCCUGGGCUAUGCCGACCUCCACUUCCUCGGGACUACGAGCCCCCAAACCCAUGCCCUGUGUCCAGCGCCCCUCCUCCCCCACCUCAGCGAAACGCCUCCUACCUCAAAACUCAGGUCCUCUCCCCAGACUCGCUGUUCACGGCCAAGUUUGUUGCAUACAGUGAGGAGGAGGAGGAGGAGGACUGCAGCCUAGCAGGUCAGGAUAAGUACGCUAGCACAAGAAAGUCUCAAGGGGACCUUCUUCCUGCCACCCUUAAGCCACAGCAGCCCCCCUACCAGCCACGCCCGGCCUCCGAUGGCAUCUUUCUCUCCAACUCAUUCCAGCCACCCACCACCAAAGCCAACAGUACAGCUCACAAAACGGGCCAGCCCCUGCCCCCUCCCAAAAAACCAAGCUUCUACCGUCCUGGCCACUAUAAAGGACCACACUCUUACUCCGGGUCUGCUGGGACAGUUACUGGCACCCAUGAUGCUGCUCGGGAUCUGAGAGAGAAGCAUGCUAGAAGCCAAGAUGGAGACAUGCCUGGAAAUUCUGGAGCCCCUGAAAACCUGACAUUCAAAGAGCGCCAGCGCCUCUUUUCACAAGGUCAAGAUGUUUCCGAUAAAGUGAAAGCUUCUCGUAAAUUAACAGAACUGGAGAAUGAACUAAACACAAAGUGAGGACAGUCCAAGGCCACUUCGUGUUUGCCCAGGUUCCCUCAGCAGUGGGUGUGCAGGUGUUAGCCUGAAGAGGAGAAGGGAGGUUAUAUUUCUAAGUGAUUUCUAAUUCCUGUUUCUAAAAUUAUUGCCAUUUAGAGAUGUUAUGGUUCCAAGAAUUUUUAUUUUACUUUACCAAGAAAUUGGCAUUUGUAUAAUAAGAAAUCUGAUUGUUAAUGACCUGACUCUUUUGAGGAUAUCAUUUUUUUAGUUUCUUUUUGGAAUCUUAGGCACAGAGGGGCAGAAUGGAGGGCAGUAGAGCUAAUAGUGUCCCUCCCCUGUUUCCUCCUGUAAUCCUGACAAAGGACUACAGACUGAGUAGUUCUGUUUCUAUUCUUUCUCAAAAGCUUCACUUUGGCUACCAGACAAAGUAGUUGAACCACCUGGACCACUGUGCUCACUUGUAGCCACAGCCCUAUUUUCAGGAGAGAGAGCGUGGAAGCUGCUCUUGGACCAUGAGGGUUUCUGCUCCAGGGUGCUGGCCAUGGUGGUCCACAGCCCAUCUCUCCCCUGACAGUGAGCCCCCUGAUCAGCUCUAAAUGUGUGAUUACAUUAAAUACUCAAUUUUAUAAGUUCUCAAAGAAGAAAAUCUAGAGAAUUUAAUCUUAGGGGAUUUUAUUUUUUAUAUAUACUGGGUUAUUGUUAGUCUAAUAAAUCAUUGGUAAAAUUGAAGAUGACAUUCAUGUUAGAAAGUUUACUAAUAUUUCAGAUACUCCAAGGGAUCAAUAAGGAGAUCUCUUUAGCUGAACAGUGUUCAUGUGACCAGCAUCAGAAAUAUCAGAGAAGAAUGGGAGAUUCAUAGGUGACAUUCAAGCACAACUGUCACUCAGAAAUUUUAAAUUUACAAAAGCAAUUUGCAUCAAUAUUCCCUCAGGAGAGAAAGGAAUUCGAUUAUUAUGCCAUCUGUAACUUAAAUAUUGCAAGAAUAACUCAUGACAGUGUAAGCUAUUUUUUUACAAUAUACUAGUUAUUUAAUUUUAAUUUUAAUUUGUGAAUUAUGAGUUACCACUGUCAUUUCUGUGGGUAUGUGGCUGAUGUUGGGGAGAAAAACCUCAGUUUGCUUAUAUUGUAUGAUGUUAAAAUGGUAAAUUACUUUGUGAUUUCAAGCCCAUCUCCUGUUUGACAAAGCCUUGAUAGCAUCCAGAUGAUCUUUCUGUACCUUUUGUUCUCUUACAAAUGUGUAUAUCAGGAAAAUCCGCACACUUUCAAAUGAAGAAUAGAGACAUUCGCUGCCCUAGAAACCACUUUUAAUAUGAGUUGUAUGAUAAAUCAUUGCACAUGCAAGUGUAAAUAUUUUUUAUGUCUGUCAUGGUUCUUAUUUGAAAGUGUGCUUUUACUCUUUCCUCUGUAAGAGUCAAAUGGUCCUGAGAGUUGAUGAAGGAUUUGCACACUUGCCCCAGGAAAAGCAAGUUCCUCCUGGUUUUUCAAGAGCACUGGUGGCCUUAGGGUGGCGAGUUUACACUUUCCCUAGAGAAGAAGACACAGAUGAUCAUUGUGUUCAGAUGUGGAAAGGCAGACCACAUACAUACAUGGAGAUUCUCUGAUUAUAAAACCUAUGAGGAAGUGAAUUUGGCUAUCCCUGGACAAUGAGGUCAAAUGUGAAUAUGUGUAAAAGUGCUUUUUAUAAUGUGCAUUAAUUACUAUGGGAAAAACUUCCAAACUGCUGUAGUUUUCCAUUUCUACUGUAUUUUGGUUGCAACCUAUUUUUAAUAAACUUUGUAUGUAUUUAAGUGUAUUUGCUAUUGUUUUAAAAGUGCUGACAAAGUUUAUAUUUGUAAUAUCAGCCUUCCUCUCCCUUGUUUCCAUCUGUCCACCCAUUCAUUAAACAAUGCUGAGUAUCACUCCA